CUCCAUGUUCGUGCAGGCUGGGCUCGGUUGGGUUUGGCAGGUGCCGGUGAGCGGGGCGCGGGCUGCCUCUCGGGCUGGUGGCUCUUGUGGGCGGGAAGAGCGGCUGCUCCUUGGCUUUCGCUCCGGCCACCCUUCGGCGGGUGCCAGCAAACAGAGCCAGGGCAAGCGGGGGGCACCGAGGGGCCGCCGGCGGCAGGCUGCCCCGGCCCGGGAGCCAUCUUGAGAGCGGGGCUGGCUCUCCCGAGCGCCGCGGGCCGCCCGGACUCGGGAUCGCCCUCGAACCCGGACCCGCGCCGGGGCGGGCGGGGACAGGCGGGCGGCUAUCGGUGCCUCCCUCCGGCGGCACUUGGCAGCCGCCCGCGGGCAGUGGGGGAGGGCGGCUGGGUGGCGGCGGCGGCGGAGGAGGAGGGGAGCGGAGGCGGGGACCAGCCGGCCCCGGCCCGGCCCAGCCCAGCGCGUUGCCCCGGCCGGACACGGCGCCCGGGGCGGAGAUGGCGGACGAGCCGCAGAAGAAGUCGCACUUGUCGGCCUUGGUGGGACACACGAACGGGCUCACCAAGCCCGCCUCGCUGACCGCCACCCGCUCUGCGGGAGUGGGAGGAGGAGGCGGAGGCGCGACCGCCUCCUCCAAGAAACUCGUGAUCAAGAACUUCAGAGAAAGACCCAAAUUACCAGAUAAUUAUACUCAGGACACCUGGCAGAAACUUCAUGAAGCGGUGGGAGCUAUACAGAGUAGCAUCUCUAUUAAAUACAACCUUGAAGAGCUCUACCAGGCUGUUGAAAAUCUCUGUUCCUACAAAGUCUCUGCUACACUGUACAAACAGCUGCGACAAGUCUGUGAAGAACACGUGAAAGCACAAAUCCUUCAGUUUAGAGAAGAUUCUCUGGAUAGUCUUUUAUUUUUAAAGAAGAUAAAUAAAUGCUGGCAAGAUCAUUGCAGACAAAUGAUCAUGAUCAGAAGCAUUUUCUUAUUUUUGGAUCGUACAUAUGUGCUUCAGAAUUCAGUGCUUCCUUCUAUAUGUUUACGGAGAUGCAUGUAUCAGCAUAUGCGUGUGUCAUGUUCUCCUUUCCCAGGAACAUUCACUGUCAAGGGGGGUGAAAGAGGAAGGUCUGUGAACAGGGGCUUCAGAUUCAAGGCUUAUGUGCAGCUGUUGUUGUCAGAGCCUGGGGAUAUGGGGCUAGAGUUGUUUAGAAACCAUAUCAUUAGUGACAAGCAAGUUCAGACCAAGACUAUUGAUGGAAUUCUCCUGCUGAUCGAACGAGAACGAAGUGGUGAAGCUGUGGACAGAAGUUUGCUACGGAGUUUGUUGAGCAUGCUCUCGGAUCUGCAGGUUUACAAGGAGUCAUUUGAACAGAGGUUUCUGGAAGAGACAAAUUGUUUAUAUGCUGCAGAAGGCCAAAGAUUAAUGCAGGAAAGAGAGGUCCCAGAAUAUCUUCACCAUGUUAGUAAGCGUUUGGAAGAAGAAGGAGACAGAGUAAUAACAUAUUUAGAUCACAGCACACAGAAACCACUGAUUGCUUGUGUGGAGAAGCAGCUACUAGGAGAGCACUUAGCAGCUAUUUUGCAAAAAGGACUUGAUAGCCUGCUCGAUGAAAAUAGAAUAUCAGAUUUGACCCAGACAUACCAGCUGUUCAGCCGGGUAAAAGGUGGGCAGCAGAUCCUUUUGCAGCAUUGGAGUGAAUACAUCAAGAACUUUGGGACAACAAUAGUGGUUAAUCCUGAAAAAGACAAGGAUAUGGUGCAAGAGCUACUAGAUUUUAAGGAUAAAGUGGACCAUAUCAUAGAAGUGUGCUUUCAGAAAAAUGAAAAAUUUGUAAACUUGAUGAAGGAGUCCUUUGAAACAUUUAUCAACAAGAGACCAAAUAAGCCUGCAGAAUUGAUAGCAAAAUAUGUGGAUUCCAAGUUAAGAGCUGGCAAUAAAGAAGCAACAGAUGAAGAGCUGGAAAGAAUCCUUGACAAAAUAAUGAUCAUAUUUAGAUUCAUUCAUGGGAAAGAUGUGUUUGAGGCAUUUUAUAAAAAAGACUUAGCCAAAAGGCUGCUGGUUGGAAAAAGUGCAUCAGUAGAUGCUGAGAAGUCCAUGUUGUCAAAGCUUAAACAUGAAUGUGGUGCUGCUUUUACCAGCAAACUGGAGGGCAUGUUCAAGGACAUGGAGCUGUCCAAAGAUGUCAUGGUACAGUUCAAGCAGUAUAUGCAGAACCAAAGUGACCCAGGAAAUAUAGACCUGACAGUAAAUAUAUUGACUAUGGGAUAUUGGCCAACUUAUACACCUAUGGAAGUCCACUUAAAUUCAGAGAUGAUAAAGCUUCAAGAGGUAUUUAAAACCUUUUACCUGGGAAAACACAGUGGUCGAAAACUUCAGUGGCAGACCACUUUAGGACAUGCUGUCCUAAAGGCAGAAUUUAAGGAAGGGAAGAAGGAGUUUCAAGUAUCGCUCUUUCAGACGUUAGUAUUGCUUAUGUUUAAUGAAGGAGAUGAAUUCAGUUUCGAAGAAAUUAAAAUGGCUACUGGUGUAGAGGACAGUGAAUUAAGAAGAACCUUGCAGUCUUUAGCUUGUGGAAAAGCACGAGUAUUGAUUAAAAAUCCAAAGGGCAAGGAUGUAGAAGAUGGAGAUAAAUUCAUCUUUAAUGGUGAUUUCAAGCAUAAAUUGUUUAGAAUAAAGAUCAACCAGAUUCAAAUGAAAGAAACAGUUGAGGAACAGGUCAGCACAACUGAAAGAGUAUUUCAGGACAGGCAAUAUCAGAUUGAUGCUGCUAUUGUACGAAUAAUGAAGAUGAGGAAGACUCUUGGUCAUAAUCUUCUUGUUUCUGAAUUGUAUAAUCAACUGAAAUUUCCUGUAAAGCCUGGAGACUUGAAAAAGAGAAUUGAAUCUCUCAUUGACAGAGACUAUAUGGAGAGAGACAAAGACAACCCCAAUCAGUACCACUAUGUUGCAUAAAGGAGAAGAAAUAGUUUUAUUUUAAAAAAUUAAAAACCCUAAAAAAUAAAAACCAAAAUCAUCCACAUAUAUCUUUAGGACACCAAAUACAUAUGCUGUUCCAGACUUUCCUUUUAGCAGAUUUCAGGUUGAUGUAUAUUACUCAAGCAGCUGCAUGCCCUGCUGUGGAAACGAAACAAAAUGACAUGUUAAUGGAUCACCUUUGUCAAGACUUCUUACUAAUUUUAAAUGCCCUGGGGGUUUUUUUUCCCCUUAGUUGAUUUUUUGUUCUUUUGGGUUCUUCAAAAUUUAGUUUUGCAGUUUUGUUUAACAAUGUCAUUGAAGUUGGAUGGAAAGGUAAAAUCACCUGCGUGAGAAAUACUUCUGUCAUGGAUGCAAGUCUGGUUUCUUCAUUUAGAUGUUCCUAACUGCAUCCACAAAGUCCCUAAAUGCUGCAUUCUUUUGCUACAGUUACAACUUGGGUAACUUUUUAAAAACCCUUCAUUGAUGAACAUGUAUGUACAAGCAGUGUUGUUGAAAUGCACUGAGGUUUUGCACCAUGAAAACCCUUAAACUUGUGUUUAAUUUUCUUCCAAGUUGCUACAAACUUCAGUCUGGUUUGGAUAAAUCAGGUUUUGAAGUGAGAUUUUUGAAGUGCCAAGAGGACAACUGCAUUAAUGUGUGUACUGAGCUGUUGGAUUAUUUAGCUAAAAUAUGAAUUGUUCUAUUAUUACUACUUCUGCUGGCUUGGGUGGCAAAGAUGAGAUCUGAGUCAACGAGGCCCUACCUCAUUUUAGGGCAGCAGGUGUAUUUCACUGUUUCUGUAAUUGCUGUAACAUUUAGUUUUGCCUUGAAAAUAACAUCCAGGGAACCUACUGUACAGCGUGCUCCACUUUAAGAAAACAAAACCUUUUUUUAAAAAAAAUCCUUUUAUGGUCUCAAUAUUGGGAAAGCAUAGCUUUUUGCCUUGAAAGACUAAGGACUUUGUGAGUACUUUGUUACAUAUUGUACAUAUGUAAGUUGAUUUGAAUUAGAGUGAAAGACAUUGUAGAUCUGUUAGAUAACUGUAACUAUAAGGAAGACACCUUUUCUGGUAAUACUUGCAAGACUGUUUAUUUUCCAGAUUUGUCUACUGGUAUGUUUAAUUCUGAAAAAGAGCUACCAAAGGAGUUUUGAUCACUACAUCAAGGAGAAUUUACCUGAGCAAUAUUUUCUUGAGAGAUACCUUACUAAGUUUAUGUAUCGUGGGGUUUGUGCAUCAAUUAAAAGGCCACUUCUUAAAGUAAACAGUGCUAUGAGGUGACAGUUUAUGGAACUACAUAUUAAAAGUCCUUAUUCUGUCCUCUGGUGUUAUUAAUUGUAUUGCAUUCUGAAUUAUUUUUGUUUCCUCUGUGUUUGGAAACUAAACACAUUUAGUUUGUUGUAUUUAAAGCAUAUUUAAUAUUAUAAUUUAAUGUAGACUUAUUUUAAUAUUUGAAUCUUCAGUUAAUGCAAAUAAAAUCUUUGAUGCAUAUUAAGGAUUAAUUUCUUAGCCUUUGUGAGAAUGUGGCACUUCAGUUUAUUUUUAAGGUUGGUUUUUUAGUGUUGUACCAUUCCUUUUGUGGUUCACUUUUUAUGUAUAUGGAAACCAAUCAGAUCCAUCUUACCAGACUUCUAAACCAAAAAGGAAUAUGUGCCUCACAGAAAGGUAAUGGCCAGAGAGGCUUUAUCCACACUGAGAACUGGUAGUAGUGUGCAGUAGCUGUUAGGAAGCAGUGAGAAUGUACUGCCUGCCCCUUCUGAACCCAAAUGUUCUGGUUCAGUAGCUUUAAACAAUAGCUUAAAGCAGUGGUGUUAUCCUGAAGAUGACUGAAAUGGUUCUGCCUCAAGAAGCAAUGUUAAUUAAAAGUGCUGAGAUGUGCAAUUUUUCUUAAUUGUUACAGACUAAGGGCUCUUUGGUCAUGUUAUUCUGGUCUAGCAAUUAAAAAUUAAUUGUUCCACAGCAGUGGAAAUUAUGAA